AAGAAAUGUCACUUACAUUGUCACUGUUCCCGUAAGAUUCUAAGAAGAUCACUGUGUAUUCGUUCCGACGAGUACUCGCGCGUAGUACUCGGACUGCCUCGAAUGGAAACCUUGUUAGACGAGAGUUAUCGUGUCGCCGACCAGGAAAACAAUAACGACGGCUUAUAUUGUGCUCUAUAUUUGAAAAGAAUUCCCCGCGAUACGGUGUAACGAAACCACAAGUGACGUGCCACCGAAAAUAAGGAAGCGUUUAAGGACAAUAGACUCGUGUAUACAUGCCCGUAUCAAUGGAAACGCCGCGGUCUUCUUAUCAUUGAACCUGUGACGCGGCGAUUUGAGCGAUAAACAAACAGGAACAUAGAAGUUAAAUUUGUGGGACUGUGGUUAAAGAGGAGAUACGACAAGAAUCCGUUGAUUGCAACUUGAAUUGACUAAUAGAUUCUGAUAACCGAUAAACCAUGAGUCAGAAGGCUCAGUGCACUUUUCUUACACUUGUUCAUUUAGCGGACGCAUUCUUGAAUACGAUUCAUUGUUUUUGUCAGUGAAGCCGAUACUCGAGUUUUCGUGAAAAACGUUUUGAUGAAAAUGAAAAAUUCGUUUUAAUAUUCGUCAAGUUUGGUUGCAUAGUAGAUUAGCUUGACCGCUCGUGUUUACUUCAUGCAAGUUGCCACGCGCAUUCACCUCCUUAUCGGAAUUGUUGCGCGAUAUUUCAUUAUCCGUCGCCGAGAAACUUACCGAUCUUUCAUCAGAAUUAUUUCGGUGUCUCCGUUCCAGCACUCAAAGUGUAUAAUUAACGCAAAGCGAGCGCGUCGGUGUUAUUUCACCAAGCCGCGAUGCAAGAUAGUGGUAAAUUGUGGGGAGGUCGUUUUAAGAAAACCGUCGACCGAGAAUUCCAUGAUCUGAAUGCAUCCAUCGAUGUUGACAAACGCUUGUACGCUGAGGACAUACAGGGGAGCAUCGCAUAUGCGAAAGCGAUACACAAAGCUAAUCUUCUCUCUCAGGAAGAAUUACGAACAAUAAUCGAAGGUCUUGAGAAGGUGAAAACUGAGUGGGAAAAGGGCCAAUUCAUCAUACACGUUCAAGAUGAGGAUAUUCACACUGCAAACGAGCGUCGGCUUUCGGAACUAAUUGGUAACGUAGCUAAAAAAUUGCACACCGGAAGAAGUCGGAACGAUCAAACGAUAACCGAUACUAAGUUAUGGCUUCGGAAAUCUAUAGACGAGCUUUUAGAGAAAAUGACAGGAUUCGUUCAGAUUCUAAUUAAUCGAGCUAAGAAAGAUAUCAAUAUCCUGAUGCCCGGUUACACUCACUUGCAACGGGCGCAACCGGUUAAGUGGAGCCAGUGGUUACUUAGUUACGCCUGGUAUGCAAAAGUGGAUAUUGAAAGAUUGGAAGAUAUUCGCGGCCGGUCGAACGUGUUGCCUCUGGGUAGUGGUGCAAUAGCCGGGAAUCCUUUCCAAAUUGAUCGUCAUUCCUUGGCCAGCAAUCUCAAUUUUUCCAAAAUAACCCAGAACAGCAUGUAUGCGGUUGGGGAUAGGGAUUUCGUCGCUGAAUUCUUAUUCUGGUCUACGUUGACGGCGAUCCAUUUGAGCCGGUUUGCGGAGGAUCUCAUCAUUUACAGCAGCGAGGAAUUUGGUUUCGUGAGACUUGCCGACGAAUACUCAACCGGAAGCAGCCUGAUGCCACAGAAACGCAAUCCGGACUGUAUGGAACUAAUUCGCGGGAAGUCGGGCACGUUACUUGGAAAAUGCAUGGGCUUCAUGGCGACGUUAAAAGGAAUUCCAUCGACCUAUAACAAGGACCUUCAAGAAGAUAAGGAAGCUCUUUUUUCUACAUUCGAUACUAUAAAUAGUAUGAUUGUUAUUGUUACCAAAGUAUUAGCCACUGUUGAAGUGAAUCAGCGAAAAUGCGUAGAUGCUCUAGCACCUAGCAUGCUGGCAACCGACCUGGCGUAUUACCUUGUCCGAAAAGGUAUUCCAUUCAGAGAAGCGCACCAUUUGGCUGGAAAUGUUGUGGUCCUAGCGGAAUCUCUUGGGGUAUCAAUCUUUGAGUUAACUCUGGAACAAUUGCAAACCGUAAGUCGAAUCUUUGAGGACGAUGUAAUGAAAAUAUGGAAUUUUACUAAUAGCGUUGAACAAUAUCGAGUGGAUGGCGGGACAAGCACAGCGGCCUUGAAAGAACAAAUUAAUAAUCUUCAGUCUUGGCUGCAGCAGUCUAACCGUGUUUAAUAUUAAAUGGCACUCAAGAUAAAAAUUUAUAUUUUAGAUAAACUGUUUUCUUGCAUUUGUCUUGCAGAAUAGUAACAAAACGGUAUAUCCAAAUUUUUUUUUGAGAAUUUAUUUUCUUCUGUACGAAAACAAAAAUAUUUUUGGUAGCCUUCAUA